ACCCUCGCCUUCCUCGUCUUGCUUUUCAGAAAUUUGUCCCAUGGUCUUGCUGUGCACAGCAUCUCACACUCGUUUCCUCUGUCCCACCCCUUUCCCUCCUCCCUUUAUAUACCGCUUCCACGCCAAAACACGCGCGCGUGCUCUCUCCGUCCAGACCGUUUGGCCGCGUUCCUUGGAAAUUGUGACGCUUGGAUUCGCUGUUGCUUCGGUCCUCAAGGCUACUCUUUUGACUCUUCAGCCACCGCCGUCUCACCUCCAUCACCCUCUUGCGCUUUGAGCGUAUCGCACCAUGGCGCCCACAGCUCCUAGAUUGCGCAUCCUGUCAGUUGGCGGAAAUGCCGUCUCUGCCUUCAUGUCAUGGAGACUCUCGGCGACCAAUGCAUGCGAUGUGACUCUGGUCUGGAAGAACGGCUAUGAGAGCGUGUCGCAGUACGGCUUGUCAUUCAAAUCCGCUACCUUUGGAAACGAAAGAUUCAAGCCCCGACAAGUCGUUCGCACCCCUGAGGAAGCAGCAAAAACAUCAAGAGCGCCGUACGAUUAUGUCCUUCUGUGCGUCAAAGCACUCCCAGACGUUUACGACAUUGCAUCCAUCAUCGAGUCGGUCGUCGCUCCUCAGCACACAUGCAUCUUGAUCAACACAACACAUUCCCUCGGUGUCGAGUCAUAUCUCGAGCAAAGAUUCCCCACAAACGUUGUUCUGUCUCUUGUCGCUGGCGCAGAGCUUUCACAGUUGGGCACCAGUGAGUUCGAGCACAAGGGCUCGGCCGAGAUCUGGGUUGGCCCCGCCAACAAGAACCCAUCGAUUCCCGCAUCGAUACAAUCAGACAUGGCCGAAGCACUGGCCAUGACAUUGAGCUCUGGUCAGGUCGACUGCAAGGUGUCGACUAACAUCAGACAACAACAAUACGAGCGCAUGAUUGGCCCAAUUGCCUUCCAUCCGGCUAGUGUUCUGUUCGAAACCGCCAACCAUGCCGAGCUCCUCGAGAAGACUGGCGCUCGCUCAAUGAUUGCUGGCGUCAUCGAAGAGAUCCUCCUUCUGGCACAAACUCAAGGCUGCGUCUUCUCAGACGACUUUACUGAGCAGACCAUGGAAGCCAUGAUUCAGCCUACUGCUACACCCAGCACCAUGUACCAAGAUUUCACCGCUCGCAGACCCCUCGAGAUUGAGACGUUCCUCGGAGCUCCCAUCAAACUUGCUCAAGAUGUGGGUGUUUCAGUUCCCCGUAUCGAGACGCUUUACGCUCUUCUUCACAACGCCAACACAUUGAAUCAAUCUCGCCCACCUCCGGCAGCCGCAGUUCCACCGCCAAAUCCUGCACAAACCCCUCGCAUGGGCCCCGGUCCUAACGUGGGUCCUGGCCCUGGUCCUAACCAGCGUGGCCCAAUGAAUGGUCCUAUGCCUGGCCAUCCCGGUAGACCUGGAAUGAUGAGGCCUGGAAGCAGAGCUCCUUCAAUGACUGGCGGCCCACCUCCAAUGCGCAGAGGCCCUUCGAUGAACAACGGCUUUGGACCGCCCAUGAGAACGAACGGAAACGGUCACCGAGGCCCUCCUCAACAGCAAGCGCGUCGCCCAUCCCUCGAAGACAACGAACUCGAGGAGUUUAGCCACCUGAUGCUUUAUGACAAUUUGCCGGAGGGUGCUCUGCCCGAAGGCGCUAUUCCCAACGGCGGCGGUCCUGGAGGCGAGAUGGGUCUUCGUGAGAGAGAAUUGGCUCUCCGCCAAAGAGAGCUACAGUUGAGAGAGCAAGAGUUCCACAUGAGGCGUCGCAUGCCCCCUCCUCCUGCUUCUCACGCCGGAGGCUUCGACGAUGACGACGAGGACGGUGAAGAUUUCUUCGACCCCAUGGCUGCCGGCAGAAACGUCCCAAUGAUCGAUCCUGAUAACUUCGACAUGAUGAGCGUCACCUCAAAACGCAAUCGCAAGGCGCCGAGCGCCAACCAGAUCCGAAACAACCCAGAGAUGGGAGGCCCUCAGAUGAGAGGCGGAGGAGGUGGCGGUAGAGGCAUGUACGGAAGGCCUAAGAUGCAAAACCGAACCAGUGCUAGACUCAUGUCAGAGAUCCCCGGUCUGCAUGAGAACCUCAUGGGCAACCCGUUGCUAGGCUACUCUUCGGACAGAUACGGAGGUGUCGAUCGUCACAACCUUGGACAGGAAUCCAGAACCAACUCACUCACCGCAGAACGCCUGAACGAGCUUUCACGAGGUGGCCCUCCUGGUCAAGGUCCUUACCCUGGCCCAAUGCCACCUCAGAUGGGUCGACGUGCCAGCAACUCUCCCGGGAAUUCCUUAGGACCUUCAAGAGGACCCCCUGGCCAGCAACGUCCCUACCCGCCAAAUGGUCAAAACGGAUACCCGCACCCGCCCCAUAUGAACGGCCGUCCAUCGCCUCCUGGCGUCAUGGGCUCGCCAAUGCAACGCCCACCAACUCAGCAAAACCAAGUGCCGCAGCAUGUUGAACAGCAGAACGGGCGCUAGCGCGGGGAGUGGUGAUAGCAACCAUUCAGUACCCCUUGAUUCCGACCCAUCGGCCCACAGCAGCUCCAGCAGCUUAGGACCUCGCCCAGCCCAUGCCGUCCGUUAAAGCACCGAA